UCUUUAAACAUCGAUAAAAGCAAAGAACAAGAUCGAGAAACUUAGCGUUAAACAAUCUCGUCUUCUCUCUCUCUCUCCCUCAAGAAAACUCAUCAAGACACUGCCUCUUCUGAUUUAGGUUUCGAUUAAACUGUUAAUCGCGAGAUCUUUCCGGUGAAACCUAUGGCGAACAUGAACACUCUUCAACAGAUGAUCUUUCCUGACGAGAACGCUCCGAUUCAUCGCAAAAGGGCCGUUACUGGUGCUUCUGUGAAAAGUACCAAACGAACUGUUCUUGGUCAGAAGAAACUUGGAGGAGCUCGUAAGGCUCUGAAUGAUAUUACAAACAAGUCUGGUGUUCAACCCAAAGCUUCUUCUAAGAACAAGCAGAUCGCUUCUGCUGCAACUGCAACUGCUGUGAAGGGAGAAAUCAACAUAGCUGGAGAGAUGUACUUGCAUGAUCACAGCAAGUGCAUCAAAGAGCAGCAAAAUCUCUGGGAUGAUCACUUCUCUGCUGAUAUUCUACUCCACCAUGAUCGUUCCAGCAUCAAGGGAAAGAAUCUCAAGCAUGAGACAGAAGUGAUGGAUGCUAAGAACAACCUGACUUGUGACGAACCAGAAGAGAUUCCAUCUCCCAAGCUGACCGAUUGGCUUAAGAGCUCGACUCCAUGGCGCUCCCCAGUCCGUCAUGGCUCUAUGAUGAUGAUGCCUUCCACUCCUCUGGCUUGGCGAUUUGAUUCAGAUGAAUUCACUCUCAAGGAAGACUAUGACGACCUCUUCUGAAUGUCUGUUUCUUAAUAAUGUCUUUGAAAGCUUUUCAUCCUUCAGAUGAAGUCGUAGUACUAGCAGUUAUGUUUCAUCAAUGCCUCUUCAGUUCCUCAUGUACUUAACAACUCUGUGUCCAUCACUCUGUAACUGAUUUGGAAUCUUUUUCUAGCGUAUGAGCAUUAUGAGCAUUUUCAUUUUACA